GUUUUACAUGUAUAUUUCACUUUUGGACCAAACUGACACCUAAUGUCACACAAAGAUAGAACCAUGGGCAACAUUGUUGCUUCCACAUUAAACAUCAACCUCAAUGCCACUGACCUCAACGCAACCCAGCACGAAAGCUUGGAAGCCUCCUACAUCAGAAAAAUAUCACACCUCGACGAGGACCUCUACCAGGACUUCUACAGCCUCUGGAUCACCCUCAUGGUGGUCAACACGCUCAUGUUCGUGGUGGGUGCCGUCCUCAACAGCCUGGCACUGUACGUCUUCUGUGUGCGGACGCGAGCGACGACUGCCCCAGUGAUCUACACCAUCAACUUGGCGGUGGCUGACCUCUUGGUGGCGUUGUCGCUGCCAGCACGCAUCGCCCUGUACUACAGCGGUGGCCAAUGCCAAGCGUGCGUCCACGUGCACACAUUCAGCUACUUCGUCAACAUGUACUGCAGCAUCCUCUUCUUGACCAGCAUCUGCGUGGACCGCUACCUGGCCGUGGUGUGGGCGGCCGGCGGGGCAUCCAGCCUGCGGUGGCGGAGCCCCGGAGUGGCGCGGUGGGUCAGUGCCGGCGUGUGGAUCUUCGCCGUGGUCACCACCUACUCGCUGCAGACCACGGCGGCCAUGGAUUUCAGCGGCUCGGGCUCGUCAUGCUGCCGCCUGCCGCUGCUGUUCGCGCUGACCGUGCUGGAGUUCGUGCUGCCGCUGCUGGCCAUCGUGGGCUUCACGGCGCGCGUGGCCUGCGCUCUCGCUGACCGGCGCCUCAUGGCACAGAGCCGCGGGCGCCGCCGGCGCGCCGUCCGGCUCCUGGUGGCCGUGCUGCUGGUGUUCGCCGUCUGCUUCACGCCGUUCCACGUGCGCCAGGCGGUGGUCUACUUUGACCUGGGCGGCAGCCGGGUUCAGCACGUGGUGGCCUACCACGCCACCGUCACCCUCAGCAGCCUCAACAGCUGCCUGGACCCUGUGGUGUACUGCUUUGUGCCGGACGGCGUGCGCUCGGCCCUGUCCCGGCCGUACCGAGCCGGCGGCAACGGAGAGGGGGAAGGAGAUGCAGACAGCGUCCAGCGGAACUCCAGGGCAACGGGGAGGAGCGCCGCAGCUCUGGUCCACAGUGUGGCCACACUGACACUCAACCCCAGUUCUCUGUCAUCCGCAGAACUGCCAGUGUGAGGAGGACAGAUACGCAGACACAGAAAUGCAACCAUGAUCCAGGAAGAGAGAGAACCAAAACAGAUGUCAGAAAAUAUGAUGGAGAGGACAAGAGAAGGAGGUCUAUUGAGCUUUUACACUGACCUGUCCCCUCCACCUUCUUAGGACACUUAGUGGACAAAGUCACAGAGUUACAUAAAGACUCAACCUGGAAUAUUUCUUUUAAGACAGAUAGGACAUCAACCCCACCUACUCAUCCGACCUCUGUCCAGAUCUACUUUUGAGUUCUGACAUUAGCCUAUUGACCUGAUCAAUGAACUCCACUGAACCCACUUUGUAGGCCUUAAAAAUCCAAUACCUUGAGAAGUGGCAUUUUUCUUUUCUUAACCGUAUCUUAAACAGAGAAAUUGAAUUUCCCCUGUGGAAGUUUCAGGCAAAUAUACAUACA